UGAUUCUUUUUCUUCUGUUUUAUCUUGCAGCUGUUUAUCUGUCUAUUUAUAUGUACCUACAAUGUCAGUCCUUUGAUUCUUUUUCUUCUGUUCGAUCUUGCAGUUGUUUAUCUGUCUAUUUAUAUGUACUUGCAAUGUCAGUCCUUUGAUUCUGUUUUCCAUUUCAGUUGUUCCUAUUGACUGUAAGGAUUUCCGUGAUAAUGGUCACACUAAUACAGGCCAUUCAAAAAAGAAUAGAUGGAUCCCUGGCCUUUGAUAAGAAUUGGGAUGACUAUAAAAAUGGUUUUGGUGCGCCUGAACAGAAUGUUUGGAUAGGUGACGCUAUGUUAGACACGGGGAGAUCUUCUACCAAUCUGUCCGGGAUGUCGUUCUCCACGCUGGACAGAGACAAUGACAGAGCUGGUUAUGGUAACUGUGCUGAUUUCGGAGGAGGAGGAGGAUGGUGGUAUAACUCAUGUUUCAAGUCCAACCUCAACGGUCCGUGGUCAGCAGAAUGGGCGAGGCCAUGGUAUCCGCCACUUCUGUUUGGUGAAGGGAUAUCGGAGACUGUCAUGAUGAUAAAGCCUCACUAA